CUCAGACAGCAGGAGGAGCUGGCACUGCUCUCCCCCCGCAGCGGUAAGACGACACCGCGCUUCGCUAUUUUUCAGCCAAAUCGCCCGAGUGGGAAGUGGCAAGCUGGGAAAGGGAACAUCGGUCUCCGCGGAAAACCAGCAGCCGCACGAUAAGACCGAGACGCGAAGAUGUAAACAUUCGGCCCACGGCUCACAAACCCUUGGCUUUCUCCUCAUACUUAUUUUAUUUUUUUCCGCCGUCGUUUUUUUUGUUGUUGUUGCCGCCCUUCAGCUCUCGAAUGUAUUUUCUCGCGCGCGUUGCUCCCCUCUAUCAGUUCGUCUCGCCGAAAGUAAACGGGAGUUCGAGCGAAGUCUCCCCCCUGCUUCCUUCGACGGAGCCAGAGGAAAAGCGGCGCCGUGAUUGCCAGACCACGCGACGGGUCCAGUUUCCAAGCCGACUGCAGCCGGGCCGACCGGAACCGCAGCGAUCCCAGAGCGAGCGGCGCUGUCAGAAAUGCCGAUCGGGCCCGAGUCGCCAGCCGGCCCCCGCCCCUGCGCCUGUCCUCCCGUGAAGCUCCGCCUCGUUCCCGCCACCGCCCAACCAAGCAGCCCCUGAAGUCCCGCUCACCAUCCUCACUGCAGUACCACCAGGUGGCGCUGUGCAAGCCAGUGAGUGGCUCCUUCCCGACACGAGACCCACCCUCCACGGUAUGGCUCCCAUCCGGGAUUUGGCCAGCCACUCCCAUAACCAGACAGAGUUGACCCACAGCAGCCUGGGCUCUCAGUAUGAGACGUCUCCCUGGAGCUCCGGCUCCCCGGGCAGCGACUCUGACGGGAGCUGGGGCAAGGCCCUGGGGGAGGGCUGUGAGCGCGAGGCCGUGCCCUGGCCCUCCAUGACGGGCAGCGACCCCGAGCUGGCCUCCGAGAGCACGGACGGGGACUCCGCCUGCAGCUCCGGCUCCGAGCCCGGGGGCCGCGGCCUGGAGAACGGCGAGGCCAAGGGCCCCUGGGGCCCGCGCCCGGAGCCCGCCGAGGGGAAGGGGAGCCUGUGGGGCGUCCUCGGGCCCUCGGCGGACGGAGGGGCCGACCCAAGCACUUUGAACCCGGAUGCCAACCUGGGCCCCUGGCCCGCCCUGUCCAACGGCCUGCCCGCCAGCGGCCCCUGGAGCGCCGCGGGCCCUGACCCCAAGACGGGGCUCACCAUCGCGCCCUGGGACGGCAAACUCCCCGAUCCCUACGCCAACGGUACGAGCAAGCCCCCCCCCAACCUUAACACUGAACCCGACGGACCAAACGACACUACUUCUGCUACUACUAAUGCCACCACCUCCAGUUUACCAAACUCUACCGGUUUGGUGCAGGCCAACGCCUGGCUCCAGGCUGCCCCGGUUUCCAACGGCAACGGCGAGGGGGUGACGGGCGGCGCGGCGUGGGGGGCCCCGGCCAGCACUAAUCACCCCGGCGACCAGCGCCCCGCCCCGGCCACGUCUUUCGAUGGCGACAGCGGGUCUGAUGUCCCGGGCGGGGGGUGGGGGGAGCAGGAGCCCCCGGCCAUGCCCAGCCCCAAGCCCUGGGGCACCAGCGGGAACGGGCCGGCCCCCACAUCCUGGGGGGGGGGCUGCGCCUCGUCUUCCUCCUCCUCCUCUUCCUCCUCCUCGUCUUCGUCCUUGUCCUCCAACGCCGGCGCCAAGGUUUCCUCCGGCGGCGAGUGGACGCCCCUGCCCAGCCACACCCCGCAGCCCGGGGACGGAGGGAAGGGGGCGGGCGGAUGGCGGUCCCUGGAGGACGACGCCCUGGGGAGGGGCCCGUCCACGGCGGCCGGUCAGGGGGGCCGGUCGUGGGCCAGCGAGGGCAGCGGGGAGAGCGUGGGCAGCUGGGGAGAGCGGGACCGAGACGGGAGCCGCAGGAAACCCAAACCCAACCCCAACGACAGCCCCACGCCGCUCCAGAGCGCCCCCUCCAAGGCAGACGUGGACCCGCGCGUGCUGUCCAACAGCGGCUGGGGCCAGACGCCCGUCCGGCAGAACACGGCCUGGGACCUGGCCCCGCCCCCCGCCCCUGAUCGGAAUCUGUCCCAGGCGACCGGCUCGAGAGGGGGAGGGUGGGGGGGCGCGCCCCCCGGGCCCGAAAACGGGCACCGCGCCCCGGCCGCGCCGGGCUGGGGCGACCCCAAACCCGCCCCCGGGUGGGGAGAAGCCAAAGACCCGGGCAGGAGGGGGGGCUGGGAGGACAGCUCCACGGCGACCAUGGGCCCGGGCAGCCACACCUGGGGCAGCGCGCAGGAGGACCGGUCCUCCACGUGGACCAACCCGCCGAGAGGCAGGCAGCAGGGCUGGGGCGCCGAGACGGGCGGGGCCAGGGGCAGCCAGUGGGGCGAGGCCCCCAGGGCUGCGGGGUCCGGGGGGUGGGACAACGACAGCGACCGCGACCGCUCGGGGUCCGGGUGGGCCGAGCACAGCGAGCGGGACGCCGGCAACACCUGGACCGGCCCGCCCGAGACCAGCCAAUCGGGCUGGAGGGAGCCCAACGCCGCCCCGCCCAGCGGGCAGAGCCAGAGCCAGAGCCAGGGCUGGGGAGGGGACGCCCCGAAAGGCAGCCGCCCCGCCCCCUCCCGCGGGGACGCCCGGCCCUCGGGCUGGCUGGGGGGGCCCAUCCCGGCCCCGCUCACGGAGGGCGAGCCCACGGGCUGGGAGGAGCCGUCCCCGGAGUCCAUCCGCCGCAAGAUGGAGAUCGACGACGGCACGGCCGCCUGGGGCGCGCCCGGCAACCCCCGCCCCAGCAACCCCCGCCCCGGCAACGGCAACGCCAACAUGUGGAGCAAGGGCGGGGCAGGGGCGGAGCCUGAGCCACAGGCCCCGCCCGCCAACCACCCUCAAGCCCCUCCCCCUGCCAAGGACAAGGCUGUGAGCCCAGGGUGGGGCGAGGUGUACAGACCGCCCCCGAAGGCGGAGUCGUCCGUGUGGGGGGAGCCGGCUCCGCCCCCCGUCUCCGUGGACAACGGCACCUCGGCCUGGGGGAAGCCCAUGGACACGGGUUCCACCUGGGAGGGGCCGGGUCGGGAGAGCGGCAGGACGAGUGGCUGGGACAGCACCACCGGGGGGCAGCAGCUCCAGCACAAACACCGACCCCCGAAGCCCAUGCAGGACCGCUGGGGAGGGGGCGAGGACGCGCCCGCGCAGAGGCCUGGCCGGCCCUGCUGGGAGGCGGCGGAGGAGGAGGAGGAGGUGGAGAUCGGCAUGUGGAGCAACAGCUCCACCUCCUCCCAGGAGCCUAACGCCCAGGGGAACUGGUCCUACGGCAAGAAGAUUCCCCCAAAGCUAAAUAAAGGAGUCGGAAAGCAGGAUGACAACUGGAUGAAUCCUAUUGGGAAGCAGUUCAACAACAUGAAUUUUAGGGAGACUUCGGAAGAGACCCUGAAGUGCAAUAAGGUGGACAUGCCAGGAGGCAUGGAUAAGCGGAUGGAUGGGGACAGGUCCGGGAUGAAUAUGGGCGAGUUCAACGGCAUGAUGGGAAAAAGCUCCGGUCUACGCCAUCACAUCCCCAAAGAGUCUUCUUCAGACCGCGGCUCCUACUUUGACAAGAACGCGAGCUCCUUGUUCGGCAGUGCUGGAGCAGGGCAAGGCAGGGGCACUCAGCAAUCCACGGGACCGCCCCUAAACUCGUCUCAGCCAAUGCUGCGUGCCCAAGUGCCUCCCCCAAUGCUCUCAUCUCAGGUUCCCCCCUCUGUGCUGAAGUACCCCCUCAGUAACGGCGGGGUCAGUCCCCUGUUGGGUCCCCAGCAAGUGGCCGUGCUCAAUCAGCUGUCCCAGCUCAACCAGCUCAACCAACUCAACCAGAUCAACCAGAUCAACCAGCUGCAGCGCCUCCUGCUGCAGCAGCAGAAGCUGCAGAACCAGAGGAACAUGGCUGCUGGAGUUCGGCAACAACAGGAGAUGCAGAACCGCCCUGUGGGCUCGUCUCACCAGAUGAUGCCACCGCCCCACUCUCGUCACCUGGACCCCUCCCUGAUGAAGCCUCAGACCCCCCCACAGCCACCGCCGUCCCUGCACCAGCCCGGCCUCAAGUCCUACCUGGAGAACUACAUGCCCCAGAAUGCACCUGACCUUCAGAAGGGACAGAACGCACUCGGCUCCUUCAGCAACUUCCCUCUUGGCUUGAAUUCAAACUUGAAUGUAAACAGUACGUUGAAUGUAAACAUCAGUGGCGUCGGGUUCAAAGAGCCGCAGUCCCGGCUGAACAAAUGGAUAGCCACGGAUAUUUCUGGAAACUCGCAAUUCGAUCAAAACCCCGGCAAACCUGGCAUGCUGUCCUCGGGGUUGAGGCUGGAGGACUCUCUCUUCGGCCCGCAGGACUUCAGCUCUGGCCACGCCCCUGUCAGCCCCCCUGGCUCCGUAGGGGAUGGCUGGCCCCUCCGUGCCAAAUCACCACACGGCUCUGCCAACGUCACCUGGCCCCCAGAGUUUCGCCCCGGUGAACCCUGGGAGGGAUACCCUAACAUCGACCCUGAGAACGACCCCUACAUCACUCCAGGGAGUGUGAUUAACAACCUCUCCAUCAACACGGUCCGGGACAUGGAUCUCAGGGACAGGAACAAUGGGACAACCUCAUCUCUGAACACCACGCUGCCUUCCAAUAGUGCCUGGCCACCCAUGCGUGCCUCCAGCUACACUGGCUCCCUCUGCAGCCCCGCACAAUGCACUUCAGCCAGAAGCGGUGACUCCAAAUCGGCGUGGUCUCCCGGUACGGUCGCCAACUCCUCCCUGGCCCACGAGCUCUGGAAGGUUCCCCUGUCCUCGAAAGCCAUCUCCGGCCCCUCCCGGCCACCCCCUGGCCUCACCAGCCAGAAACAGGCCUCCUCUUGGGACACCAACAUGCGCCUCGGAGGCUGGGGGGCCUCAGACUCCAGAUACACCCCGGGUUCCAGUUGGGGCGACAGCAGCUCAGGAAGAACAACCAAUUGGCUCGUGCUCAAAAAUCUAACACCGCAGAUCGAUGGCUCCACUCUGAGAACUCUGUGCAUGCAGCACGGUCCACUGAUAACAUUCCACCUGAACCUGCCCCAUGGCAACGCCGUUGUGUGCUACAGCUCCCGGGAGGAGGCUGCCAAGGCCCAGAAGUCUCUGCACAUGUGCGUUUUAGGGAACACUACUAUCCUGGCAGAGUUCGCCAGCGAAGAGGAGAUCAGCCGCUUCUUUGCACAAGGUCAGUCCAUGACAGCCGCCUCCCCCAGCUGGCAGAACAUGGGCGCCAACCAGAACCGCAUCGGAACCAUCGAAGGUUCCCAACCUUUCCCAGGCCGCUCCGACCCCACCCACUGGAGCAGCGCCGCGGGCGGGGACCUACAAGGCUCCUCCUCCCUCUGGAGCACACCCAACUAUCCCACCAGCCUAUGGGGGAGCCCCGGUGGGGGCGAGGGGCGGGGCAUCAGCAGCCCUUCCCCAAUCAACUCCUUCCUUCCUGUCGACCACUUGGCAGGGGGCGGAGACACCAUGUAGUACAACUUUCACCUUCUGACUUAAAGAACUUUGACCUCAGCGUGUAACAAAUAAUAAUUCAAAUAGAAGAUGAGAAAAACAAAUGGCACUAGUUGUACUUUUUCAGCUACACGAGAAAAAAAAAACAAAAACAAAAAAACAAAACAAAAAACAGGGUCAACCUGUGGAAACAAGUUACGUUCUUUCUGCACAUUUUUCCACUCUAUUUUAGCCCAAAACAUAUCAGUUUGAAUACUUGAAUCAUGCUGGCCAAUAUUAUAAUGUGAAAGGAUACAUUUACACUUCCAGGUAGCGGUCUUGUGUGUGUGUGUGUGUGUGUGUGUGUGUGUGUGUGUGUGUGUGUGUGAGUGUGUGUGUGUGCGCGUGCGCGCGUGUGCGCGCGCGGGCGUGUGUGUGUUUGUCUGUGUGUGUGUGUGUGUGUGUUGGGGGGACAAAAAUGCUUCAAAUGAGCUCAGUUAAUGUUUAUUCAUGUUUAUUUGAAUUCCAUUUUUUUUGUUUUUGUUUUAUCGUGUUUAUUCGCUGACAGUGUUGGAGCAUUGGAGCUUUUUUAUCUUUGCACUGAAUGUGUUUUUUUUUUUCUUUUUUUUUUUCUUUUUUUCUUCUUCUCAGUAUAAUCUGCAAUAUGGAGGGAGACUUGAGGUCCCUGUGUAGUUGUUUACUCAAGGAUGUUCUUAAAAAAGUGCGCUCUGUUAUGCCUUGACCUGCGCCAACCAUAUCGCGGUAUCGCGGAGUUCAAGAUCACGAUAUAGAUGCCCGUCUUAUGGGGUCGACCGAGGAUAAUGAAAGAAAAAGAAACAAGUAUUGCACCAAUUUUUCAUUUUUUGUGUGUAUAACUAAAGAGUUCAGCAGCGUUAAGAGACUGUAGCAACAGCUGUGACUUGCAAACCUGUCCUGCAAGCCGGGGGGGGGAACAGCACUUUCAAACAGGCUUUCGUUGAGUUCCGGAGGUGCCACAUCGCAACCUCUUGUUUACAGACAUUAAAGGGGGGAUGGGUGGAAGUGCGUUAACUUCCUUCAUUUUAAAAUAGAAAUACAAUAUACAAAAAAAAAAAACAUAAAAUGAAAUUAUGUGAACGAAAAAAAUCAUAAAAAGCAAAAUUAUAAAAAAAAAAAAUAUAUAUAUAUAAUAGAGGAUGAAGACAAAGCUUUAUCUCUGGGAAUACUGAUCAGUGUUUUGCCAUGUGUGUUUAUUUUUUCCCCCGUUUUUAUCUAUUCCUUUCAUCUGCUAAAUAACAAGCAUGGUUCUCAGGAAACAUUACCCAGAAUCCCCCGCAAGUAGAAAGUCUUUGUAGGAAAGAUCCAACUUUUAGCACUGAAACUACUUACUGCUCAAAGUUUUUCUGCCAAAUACCUACCUGCUUUAAGCUGGAUAUGUACUACAUACUGCUUUCAAAUAUGCUGUCAUUUUCUUGAUUUUAUUAAUGAGUGCAGUUUGUGUGGCUGAUUUACUAUCUGUCCUUAUUAUUCCCUUAUUCCCCAUCGAGUGGGUAAGUGUUUUAUUUUACUGUUAUUUUUGUCAAAUAUUACUGUUGAACUUCUAAUAAGAAAAGGUAGAAAUCCGUAACUAUGCAUACUGUAGCCAAAAGUACGUGGCUCACAGAAUCACUUUUAUUCAUACGAAAUAUUUUAAAUGUCGAAAUAAUCGCAUACACGCCAUUUGCAACUCUUCGUUCUUGGCACUAAUGGUGUUAUAGAAACAAAUAUAUUUCAAAAGAAAAAAAAAAAAAAAAUCUUGUUUGGUCGAUACUUUACCAGUGCAGAAUUUGCCCACAUUUCAAUGCCUUGAUUGAAAACUGUUCCAAGAUGCAACAAGUCAAGUGGCUUUUUAACUGUUUACAAAUAGAAUAUGAUUGUAACGUGUUUUUAUUGUGUUCAAAUCUGAAGUUCCUUAUUACCAUAUUAAUAAAUCGUGUUUUGGCUGCU